AUGGCCAGCAUGAUGGAUCUUGGGUUUGGCGAGUAUCCCAUUGUACUCAGUGAUGCCUUACUUGGAAGAGCGACGAGUGAGUUGUACACUGGUAUCAACUAUAGUCAAAAUACUGCGACAGACUCUUACUCAUCAAAACCUCGCCGACUAGCGCCAUCGGGAGAAAAAGCGAACAACUUCAGCCUAUCUUUCCCCGGCGCUUCGGACAAUCUCUCUUAUCAAGGAGAGAGAAGCCCGGCUCAGGAUCAAUAUAUCCUGAUUUUCGAUGCAGACAAGGAACAAUUUGUACUACACCGAGUAGAUUCCAACUUUGAUAUGAGGAGAGUCAACUCUUCCAAAUCAAAAAAUGUAACUGGUUCUCGUCCGCAAAACAGUCAAUACGAGUCGAGUACCAAGCACCAACCUACUGCUCCACCGAAGAAGAUCUUGAAGAAGGCCCCGGCUACUAUUGCACAGCCUCCCCAGCGGAAAGCCGAAAAACCAAAAAAAUCAACAGAGCCAGAUAACUUACCCGAGGCAGAUGAAGCAGAGGAAGACUCUGAUGAUGGGCUUACUAUUGAGUUUCCUGGUGCUCAAAGCCCUGGAUAUAGGCAGCGUAAAUCCUCACCAUUGUAUCAACGUCAACUUAGUGAAGAAGUUAGUGAUGAUGAGGGUGAUGUGUCUCCAGAAAGAUACGAAGAGCCAGAACAAAUCGCCGAAGACUCCAGGCAUGUUAGUCCUGUUCCAAAUACUUCUAUCGAAAUGAGCGACGAAGAUAUGGAGCUAGCAUUAGAGGCUGAACUGGAACAGGAGCUCCUAAAAGAGUCGGCUGAAAAUAUGGCUGAAGAGAGUGACGAGAGUGAAGAGGAGUAG